AUGCCUGUCUUGCUUUUUUAUGAGCUUUUAUUAAUUUCUUCUUAUUAUUUUACAUUUCUUCUUUCUUUCUUUCUUUUUCUUCUUCUUUCUCUCUCUCUCUCUCUCUUUCUUUUUACCUUCUUCUUUUUUUUCUUCCUCUGUCGUUUUCUUUUAUAUCUUUCUUUCCUUCUUUCUUUCUUUCUUCACAAUUUUCUUUCUUCUUUCUUCUCUUCACUAGUUUCUUUCUUUCUUUCUUUCUUUCUUUCUUUCUUUCUUUCUUAUAUACUCCUUCUUUUUUCCAUUAUAUUCUGUAUUUAUUUCUACAAUUUGUCGAUUAUAUUUCUUUUUUUUUUUGCUUUUACGUCAUUUUCUGCACUUCAUUCUGUUUUGUCUAUAACUUUUCUUUUGCUUAAUAGCAUUAUCCUUUCAGUUAUUCAUUCAUUCAUUUUUUUAUUGAUUCUUUAUUUCUCACAUCUUUAUCUUUUUUACAUUUUUCAUUUUACAUCACAUUUUGUGUCUCUCUCAUUCUUUUUUUUUUUUAAAAUCAUAUCUAUAUAUUUUUCCUUUCUACAUCCAACCUCAUGCUUCUUUCUUUAUUUCUUUCUUCCUUUCCUUCUUUCUUUCUUUCUCACGUCUAUAGUCCUUUAUUUUCUUCCUCCAUUUUUCUUUCCUUUUGUAUCCUCCUUUCUAAGUCACGUCUCUAAAUUUUUCUUUCUUUUUUCUUAUCCUGUGUCGCUUUCUUUCUUUCCAUUUUAUAAACAUUUUAUUUCUAUCUAUUUAAUAGCAGUCUUUCUUUCCUUCCAUUACAUAGUACUUUUUUCUUUCUUUCUUUCUUUCUUUCUUUCUUUCUUUCUUUCUUUAUUUAUUUCUUUAUAUUCUAUUCACUUCCAAUUUUCAUCCUUUCUUCUACCAUCGUUGAAUGUACUACUUAAAAAAAACAAAAUAUUAAAAGAAAUCACCUGA